AUGUCAUCUCAUAAUCGUUCAAAAGCUUCAAAAAGAAAUUCUUCUACUUCACCAAAAACUAGAAAAAGAAAUUCAAAAAAAAAUUCUGUUCAAAUAGAAAUAAAACAUGAACAAGAUUCAAGACCUAGACUUUUUUCAUUGAAUUCUCCUAUUAGAUGUGGUACAAGUGGUUACUCUUAUAAAAGUUGGCAUAUGGGUCCAAAAUAUCAAAAUUAUUAUCCAGAUAAAAAUGAAUUUGAAUAUUAUUGUUGUGAAUUUGAUACUGUCGAAAUAAAUUCAACAUUUUAUCGUAUUCCACAAGAUUCUGCUUUCAAUACUUGGGCUAUAAGAGUUCCUCGACCGUCUUUUCUUUAUACAAUUAAAGCGAAUAAAUUUUUUACUCACAUGAAAAAAUUAAAUAUUGAUGAAGUAUGGAUUGAUCGAUGGCAACAAUUCUGGAAUAAAUGUUUAUUACUUCAAUCACAUCUUGGACCUGUUCUUUUUCAAUUUCCACCUGGAUUUAAAAGAACAUUAACAACAAUAUCACGUUUUCAUGAUUUAGCAAAAGUUUUACCUCAACAUGGAAAAUUUGCUUUUGAAUUUCGAGAUAGUUCAUGGUUUUGUGAUGAAAUUUAUCAAAUUAUGAAUAAAUACAAUUGGUGUUUAUGUGUUAUUGAUUGUGAAAAUUCAAAAAAUUGGUGUGGUGAUUUACCUAAUGGAACACUACCAAUUAAUAUUAAUGAUCAUAAAACUUGUAAUUGGGGUGUCUAUUAUCGUUUUCAUGGUCCAACAGGUCAAUAUACGGGUGUUUAUGGAGAAAAACGAAUGCGUCAAAUAGCUGAAAAUACAACAAAAUAUUUUCUCAAUAAUAAAAAUGAUAAUUCUAUUCAACUUUUCUUCUAUUUCAAUAAUACAGAUAGUGAUUCACCACCAGCUGCUAUACAAGAUUGUCGAUAUCUUGUUCAAGCUUUUAAAGAUCUUAAAAUAAUGACUGAUUAA